GCCAGCUCCCACACUCACGAUGCCUUAGCUGGCGGAGCUCAGGGAGCACCAAGCCCUGUUCCUGCCUCCACACGGGAGACCAGGUGAGCUCCCUGCUGUGGCUGGAUCCUGUCAGGCACCCAUUCUGCCGUGAGGCCUUCGGGGGAUCCUCAGCCAGGACCCCUGAUCCUGAGACAGCUGCUGGGGGUCUGAUCUUCAAGGGUGGUUUGGUGGAGCGGGGCCUCCCUGGGGCCGAUGCAUUCCCGGAGGUCCCCGCUCUCUCCUCUGUGAGCUUGAGGGGCACGGCCGCCCCACGGGGACCAUGCCAGAGAUGCUCCUGCUCAUGUCUGCCGGCUCCGUCCUGAGGACCGUGUUCUUAAGCAGACUGCUGCCAGGUGGGCCUGGGUGUGUUCGCAAACUUAGUUUGAGCCUGCGGUGCCGGCAAGGAGUAAGGCCGAAUGUGACAAGCAGCUCCCUGACUGAUGGCCAGACGCUCUCCAAAGAGUCCAUAAGCCAUGCUCUCACGCUCCCGUCCCCAGAGAAGGCGAAGGAUGCUCAGCUGGAUGGGUCAGAGGAGACGUUGUGGACCACCCGGGCCGAUGGCCGUGUGCGCCCACGCUUGCACCCGGCCUGCCCGCAGCCCCCCUACACUGUGCACCAGAUGUUCUAUGAGGCCUUGGACAAGUACGGACACCUGAGUGCUCUGGGCUUCAAGCGUCAGGGCACGUGGGAACACAUCUCCUAUUCUCAGUACUAUCUGCUGGCCCGGAGAACUGCCAAGGGCUUCCUCAAGCUCGGCCUGGAGCAGGCCCACAGCGUGGCCAUUCUCGGCUUCAACUCCCCAGAGUGGUUCUUCUCGGCGGUGGGCACCGUAUUUGCAGGCGGCAUUGUCACUGGCAUCUACACCACCAGCUCCUCUGAGGCCUGCCAGUACAUUGCCCACGACAGCCGUGCCAACAUCAUUGUGGUUGACACACAGAAGCAGCUGGAGAAGAUCCUGAAGGUCUGGAAAAAUCUGCCACAUCUGAAGGCAGUAGUGAUAUAUGGAGAAGCUCCUCCAAAGAAGAUGGCCAAUGUGUACACGAUGGAGGAAUUCAUGGAGCUGGGGGAUGAGCUGCCUGAGGAGACACUGGACGCCAUCAUCGACACACAGCAGCCUAACCAGUGCUGCGUACUGAUCUAUACCUCUGGCACCACUGGGAGCCCCAAGGGCGUGAUGCUGAGUCAGGACAAUAUCACGUGGACAGCCCGGUAUGGCAGCCAGGCUGGCGACAUUCAGCCAGCAGAAGUCCAGCAGGAGGUGGUGGUCAGCUACCUGCCCCUCAGCCACAUUGCUGCUCAGAUCUACGACUUGUGGACAGGCAUCCAGUGGGGGGCGCAGGUCUGCUUUGCCGAGCCUGAUGCCCUGAAGGGGAGCUUGUUGAACACACUGCGGGAGGUGGAGCCCACGUCCCACAUGGGGGUGCCUCGCAUAUGGGAGAAGAUCAUGGAGAGGAUCCAGGAGGUGACAGCUCAGUCUGGCUUCAUCCGGCGCAAGAUGCUGCUCUGGGCCAUGUCAGUGACCUUGGAGCAGAACCUCACCUGCCCAGGCAGUGACCUGAAGCCCUUCACAGCCAGACUGGCGGAUUACCUAGUGCUGGCCAAGGUCCGCCAGGCACUCGGUUUUGCCAAAUGUCAGAAGAGCUUCUAUGGAGCAGCUCCCAUGACAGCCGAGACGCAACACUUCUUCCUGGGCCUCAACAUCCGCCUGUAUGCGGGCUAUGGCCUCAGUGAGACGUCAGGCCCGCACUUCAUGUCCAGCCCCUACAAUUACCGGCUCUAUAGCUCUGGGAAGGUGGUGCCCGGCUGCCUGGCGAAAGUGGUGAACGAGGACUCGGAGGGCGUCGGGGAGAUCUGUCUAUGGGGCCGCACAAUCUUCAUGGGUUAUCUGAACAUGGAGGACAAGACGCGGGAGGCCAUUGACGCCGAGGGCUGGCUACACACGGGUGACACUGGACGCCUGGAUGCAGACGGCUUCCUCUACAUCACUGGGCGCCUCAAAGAAUUAAUCAUCACAGCCGGUGGAGAGAACGUGCCCCCCGUGCCCAUCGAGGAGGCCGUGAAGACGGAGCUGCCCAUCAUCAGCAAUGCCAUGCUGAUCGGGGACCAGAGGAAGUUCCUAUCCAUGCUUCUCACCUUGAAGUGCACGCUGGACCCCGAUACGUCCGACCCAACUGACAACCUGACUGAGCAAGCCAUGGAGUUCUGUCAGCGGGUGGGCAGCAAAGCCACCACCGUGUCUGAGAUCGUGGGGACAAAGGAUGAGGCCGUGUACAAGGCCAUUGAGCAGGGGAUCCAGAGGGUCAACAAGAAUGCGGCCGCCCGACCCUACCACAUCCAGAAGUGGGCCAUUCUGCAGAAGGACUUCUCCAUCUCCGGUGGAGAGUUGGGUCCCACGAUGAAAUUGAAACGGUUCACGGUUCUGGACAAGUAUAAAGACAUCAUCGACUCCUUUUACCACGAGCAGAGAAAGUGAGCUGGAGCCAUCCUCCCAGUUUCCGCUGAAGACAGCAGGCCUUUUGGAGGGUUCUCCUGAGCCCCUUAGUCUGGGUGUGUGAGCUCCUGGCAAGGCUGUGAGGCCUCCACGUCCAGACACGGCACUGGCAUGGCCCUCCGCCAGGUCUGAUGCCAACAGUAGCUGAUGAUGCCAAGAAGCUUCACACGUGCAUAGUUUUAAUUUUGAGCACUGCUUUUUGUUCAGGUGACAAAUGAGAUCAGCUGUCCUCCCAAAACUAUAGGGCGGGUGGCUGGCCUGAGUCCCAGGCAGGGGGACAGUCCAGUGAGCAGGCUGUGUGCUGGGGGAGGCAGAGGAAGGGCGGCUAGAGUGACUUUGUGUCCUGCAGGGAAGCCAACAGUUUAACUCACCUAACGGCAGACUGACUCUGGAAUCCUGUGGCUGCUGCCGACCCUGCCCUGCGAGUCCAGGUACUCGGGCACCUCACAAUUGCCAACUGAUUUGAAGCUUAAUAAAUUGCUGCUGCCUGUUUGAUUGUA